AUGCCUCAAUUACCCACCAAAAACUGCGGCGUCUUGGGCUGCACCGGCUCGGUGGGCCAGCGCUUCAUCCUACUGCUCCAGCAGCACCCAUCCCUCCGUCUCGUGGCCGUUGGCGCCUCUUCGCGAUCGGCCGGCAAAAAGUACCGCGACGCCGUCAGAUGGAAGCAGUCGAACCCAAUCUCCCCAGAAGUCGGAGACCUGGUGGUGCGUGAGUGCAAGGCGAGCGAGUUUGCCGACUGUGACAUCGUCUUCAGCGGCCUCGACAGCGACGUUGCCGGCGAGAUUGAAAAGGAAUUCCAACAAGCGAACCUGGCCGUAUUCUCCAACGCGAAGAACUACCGUCGCGACCCACUCGUCCCGCUCGUCGUUCCCACCGUUAACCUCGACCAUCUAAGCCUGAUCCCGCAUCAGCGCAAGAUUCAUGGCUUGCAGAAAGGUUUCCUCGUGUGCAACAGCAACUGCGCCGUCAUCGGCCUGGUUAUCCCGUUUGCCGCGCUACAGGGGCGCUUCGGCAAGAUCGAUACCGUCUCGGUAGUGACGAUGCAGGCCGUAUCGGGUGCAGGGUAUCCUGGCGUGAGCAGCAUGGACAUUAUCGAUAACGUGGUACCCUUUAUUCAGGGGGAGGAGGACAAGCUCGAGACGGAAGCACAGAAGAUUCUGGGCAGCAUCAACGCUGAUGCGACCGCCUUCGAGGAGCAAAAGACGCUGCGCGUGUCGGCAGCGUGCAACCGGGUCCCCGUGAUGGAUGGCCACACAGCAUGCGUAUCGCUGCGCUUCGCCCAGCGCCCUCCGCCGACGGCAGAGCAAGUGAAGGAGGCCAUGCGCACCUACGUUUCCGAGGCCCAGAAACUUGGCUGCCCGUCAGCUCCUGAGCCGCCUAUCAAAGUUUUUGACGAGCCUGAUAGGCCGCAGCCUCGCCUCGACCGCGACUUGUCGAAUGGCUACACCGUGAGUGUUGGGCGUGUUAGGGAGGACGAGAGCGGUAUUUUCGACAUCAAGUUCGUCGCCCUAAGCCACAACACUGUCAUCGGUGCUGCAGGCUCGUCUAUCUUGAAUGCCGAAGCUGCGAUAUUGAAGGGGUUUGUGUAGUAAAUGUAUGAGAAGAAGUUCAUGGUUCGACUCGCCCACUCUAUCAGGCGAAGAGGGAGGAGAGGGCCGCAGCUAGGCCCCACUGGAUCGGCUUUCGUCUCCCCGCUUAAGCAUGGUCCAACAGAUAUAAAUAGCGGUAACGCACUAGUAAAUUGACCUCAAACGCGUUUGAAAAUAUUCAAUGCGUUUCGCAAAUCACUUACACAACGCAUUGUACCUAGUCAGAGGUCAUUGGGCCUUGCUACUCAGACAGAGACUUGUCUCGCCAAAGUACAUUCUCACAGGGGUAUGUUUGACAGGUUUUCGUUCCCGUCGAUGUCGGAAGCGGGAUACAAUAUCAUUGGUGG